AUGGACGAAGUUACUAGCACAGAAACUUCACCGUCAUCUAAUCAAGAAGUGCCAAAUGAUGAAUCUCCUCUUUGGCAGUAUGUGACUAAAGUAGAAAAACCACCUGGUGCUUCUGUUAAAUCAGGUGGAAACACAUACUUUAAGUGCUAUCUUUCUCCUGGAUACAAUGCCUUGAGAACAACAUUUUUACAAAAAGAAAAAGCUCAUGUUGAAAGACUUUUGAAACCAAUUAAGGACUCUUGGCUUGAAAAUGGUAUGGGGGGUCCAGUGUUUAUAAAGGCAAUUGAUGGGUCAGGUGAGUUCAAAGACAAACAUUAUAUUGCUGGGGUGUUGAAGGAUGCUAUAAAAGAGAUUGGACAUGAAGAAGUUGUCCAAGUCAUCACUGAUAAUGCUAGUGUGAUGAAGUCUGCUGGAGCUCUUAUUGAAACAAAAAACACUAAAAAGAAUGAAGUUACAUAUGAGGAAUGUAGUUGGAUUACACGUAUUGCUGAUGAUGCAUCCUUCAUACGUGUUUUUAUCAUGAACCAUUCAAUGAGGUUGAAGUUGAUAAAAAGACGCCUUCAAGCCAUGGCUAUUAGUGACCAAUGGGCUUCUUAUAGGGAGGAUGAUGUUGGAAAAGCUCAAAAGGUGAAAGAUAUGAUUCUAAGUGAUCUUUGGUGGGAUAAUAUUGAUUAUGUCCUUGAAUUCACAGCACCCAUUUAUGAUAUGCUACGAAUAGUCGACACAGAUAAGCCUUGUCUUCAUCUUGUGUAUGAGAUGUGGGAUUCAAAGAUAGAGAAGGUGAAGGCAGUAAUAUAUCGGCACAAAGGCUUGGAAGAUGAUCAAUAUAGCUCAUUUUGGGGUGUGGUGUGUGAUAUACUCAUUGAUCGAUGGACUAAAAAUUAUACACCGCUACAUUGCUUGGCUCAUUCCUUAAAUCCUAAGUAUUACUCCAUUGAAUGGCUUUCGGGGAAUCCGAAAUGCAUCCCUCCACAUCGGGAUCAUGAAAUUUCUAUGGAAAGAAGGAAGUGUUUGGAUCGAUACUUUGAAGAUGAGAAUGAAUUAACGAUGGUGAAGUUUGAGUUUGCUACAUUUUUAGGAGGAAGGUUUCCUUCACCAGAUGCCUUGACAAAUAGGUGGGCCUUACAACCUUUGGUUUGGUGGCAAUACCAUGCCUUCGCAUUUCCAAUUCUUCAAACCCUUGCCCUAAACUUCUUGGACAACCUUGUUCAUCCUCAUGCACUGAGAGAAAUUGGAGCACAUACAAAUUCAUCCAUUCCUUAA